AUGGGGCGACGGCCGAAUGCCCUCAUCUUACAGUAUUUCGAGCGAGGGCCUAAGUUGCAGGACCAGAGCAAUCGCUAUCCCCACACAUGCAAAUCCUGUGGCGAGCACUUUCCUCGAGGCCGCCUCGAUAGCUUGACGAACCAUCUCACUAAGAAAUGCCCCGCCAUCAGCGAAGCCGACCGGGUCAAUGCCCUCCUCACCCUGUCGGGUAUGGGCCAUGAUUCUCAAAGAAUCCAGCACAAUAAUCAGGCCCAAGCCCGCGCGCGGGUCCAGGCACAGGUCCAGGCACAGGUCCAGGCCCACACAAAUGCCCAGGCCAACGGCACGUCUCUCGUCGAUCUUCCAAUGAUGCAGCGCGACAUGCAGCGCGACGAUGAGGAGAACUGGACGGCCCUUGGAGUGCUUGCCGAAGUGUCGAGGCAGAUUGAUAUGAGCGAGAAAAACGACGACCGCAUUCAACCACACCUCCCACUUUCGUCAGAACUAGGCUCCCUACCGCCCGCUACCCAUACAGCUGAGCGCUUCGAGUCGCAAGAACAGCUCUCCCUUGAGAACCAUGCGCAAGGCCAGGGGAGCCGCCCGGCAAAAGAAAAACAAGUAGCCGAGGAAAUGGGGACGUUGCCGGAUGCAAACAAUGAACUUACACCUGAAGAGCGACUCCAGGAAAUCUUGCGCGCCGACGAUGCGAGGACUGACUCUGAAACAUUGUCAAUGGCGGCCACUGCAGCUGCUGCGGCUGCUGUCACUGCCCGCUUACACCCUGUCUUGCCUAGGUUGCACCCUGAACUGCUUGAUCCGCAGCUCUUGGGUGCCGAGGCUGCUGCCGCCGCCGAGGCUGCCAGCGCCACUGUCACUGCCACUGACGCUCCUGCUACCACUGCUGCCCCUGAGAGUAGUAUGGCCGCCGUCGAGCAAAUUCACACUCAUGAUUCGUCGCCGAACCAUGCCGAGAGUCCCUCCCAGCCUUGGGGUGAGAUAUACAUAGACAGUGGGUUUCCCGCCAUGGCGAGUGAUGCAACGGCACAAAAUAUAGGUCCGCUGGCGAAGGGCGGCUUCCGACUAGAGACGACAGGGCUGAACGGGGCUAAAUCCCGCCAUUCGCGAGCUCGAUUCAACGCUACCAGAAGGAAGCAGGUUCAAGAGGUGCGCAAAAUUGGGGCAUGUAUCCGGUGCAGGGUUCUCAGAAAAACAUGUUCCCAAGGCCAGCCCUGUGACACCUGUCGCAAGGUCCUUUCUCCGAGAGUCUGGCGUUCUGGCUGCGUCCGCACCAAAUUCUCAGAGCAGCUGGAUCUAUAUUCGGCGGGGGUUCAGAUUGUGCAAGCUCAGCACAGGAUUAACACGUUGAAGCAGUCCGUGGAUCUGGGCAGCCAUGGAAUUUUCGUCGAGGUCUACCAUUUUCCCGAGCUUGCGACACGUCUUCGACUGCAAGUUUUGCAGCGCGAUGGUACUCGCGAAGGGGAUGGUAAUGCCGACCCAGGCACUACGGACGCCACCGUGUCUAAUCAUCGCAUUAUGAUGUUGGACAAUGAUGCCCAAGACGUUCCAUCUCGAGUUGAGAUGUACAUGCGCGAGGUCUUACCAGAACUCAUCAAGCGAGAAACCUCGCACUUCAUGCAGGUCACUCUCCAGACCGCCGUUGACAUCGCCAGCUCUACCAACGACGAGUUACUAAGAAAGUCGCUAGAGCUGUGGGGUCUUGUGGAAAUCCUGGACCGAGAACGCCAAUGGACUAUUGGCGUCAAACCUGGCGUUGGCGACGUCCCGGUCGAUUUUAUCAAGGAGGAUAGCGAUGAGGAGGUUUUCACCACCAUAUGCCUACAGCUUACAGCAGCAGCCGAGAGGAAAGCUGCUGCUACCAGCAAAGCCCUCCUUACCGGAAUGCAGCGUGUCCUUCAAGACAGCAAAGUCAAGGUCAACUUUAACAUGUACUUUGCUACGCUGAUCCUACUAAACUGUGUGGAGAAAUCUACUUGGGCUUUCAAGGCUUGGGAGCAGCCCAACUUACGCCCCCAAUGGCCAUUGCAAAAGGAACCAAACAGCUUCACCCAGCAGGGUUACGUUAUUGCCGAUCUUUUGAGAAUGCUUCUCGGCAUCCGAAAAGCGCUACCACGGACUUUACGCCGAGAGACUGAUGGAAAACUUGUCACUGAAGAGGUUGACCCAACAAUGCAAGGCUAUUUUGAGUCGAUUGGACUAGACUUUGCCCAGGUCAAGGCCAACCAAGAGCAUCCCGUCUUUUCCCCGACCGACCCGCGGUCCUUUGAGCUUCUGUUUUGCUCUACUCUACUGCUUCCGACUGCGGAUUAG